AUGGCGCAGUCCACGACGCCUAUGGAAGACCUCACCGAAGCUUUCAAGCCGACAACGCUCGAGAUACACAAUGACUCGCAUCUGCACUCGCACCACAAGGCCAUGCAGGGGACACACUUCCGCGUGGCCAUCACGUCGGAGAAGUUCAAAGAAGCCAGGAUGCAGCCCGCGAGGCACCGCAUGGUCUACGCCCUGCUCAAGGACGAGUUGGCACAGGAGGGCGGCAUCCACGCCUUGCAGCUGAAGACGCGGACGCCGGAAGAGGAGGAGCGUCAGAAGCAAAAAGAGCAGGCUGAGUAG